UACCUUCCACACAUUGACAUUUCUGGGAAAAUCACUAUUUAAAGAUUGUAAACAAAAACUUAUUUUACAAAAUUGUUAAAAACAUAUAUAAUAUAAUAAAUACAUAGAUUUCAUACUGCACUGCUCAAAAUAACAACAAAACAAUAACAUUUAUUCCAUAGCCAGCCACUAGUGUUAUUAAAAUGGCGUACUUAGUGAAUUUUAGCAAUGACACUGCCAAGCAAAUACUCAUUGAAAUCAUACGCACAGUGAAUCAACCAGAGAACUCCAAGAAAUUAUCGGAAGCAAAGGCAUCGGCUGGCAAAGAGAUGUUGCUAAUGAUGCAGCAUGUCUUUCCGCUGGUUAUGCAAUUACAAACGGACGUAAUCAAAACUUAUGGUUUCCCCGGCAAUCGUGAGGGCCUAGUGCAAUUCUCACAGUUGGUGCGUGAAAUGGAACGUGAGGAUGUGGAAAUCGCAAGAUUGCGUAGUCAAAUCAGAGCCAUCUAUUUGCCGCCCAUAGCUAUAAAUACAACUAAUGAUAUUUUGAUAUAAGCAGAGAAUAUGCAAAAUAACAAGACUGAAGCCAAAUUAUGUAUUAACAAACAAAAAUAGAACGACGCUCAAUAACAAGCGUUAAGCACAAUAAUGCAUUUACCUAAAGACACACCGUUUAUACAUGCAUAUAAAGUAUAUAAUAUAUAUCUAAGAAAUAAUUAUAUUGUUUAAGUUAUAACAGGCUUUUGUAAAAUAUAAUUUUUGUGCUAAAGCAGCUUAAUAAACAAAUAUUUACAUACACAUGUUAAAAACAAAAA